AUGGCCAAAAUCAGUGAGUUGCCUGAUGAUUUGCUGGUGAAGAUAUUAACGUUUCUUCCAACAAAAGCUGCUGUAUCAACCAGCGUUUUGUCGAAACAGUGGGAGUUUCUUUGGAUGUGGCUGCCUGAACUCGAGUUCAACUUUCCUACUAGUCGUUCGAAGUAUGCAUGCCUGAGAGAUUUUAUUGCCAAGAAUCUGCCAUUACACAAAGCUCCUGUCAUCGAAAGCCUGAGGAUUAUAGAUUAUCACUCGGAUUAUAGAUUAUUAUUGCUUCGACCUGAGGAUUUGAAUUCGUGGGUUGGAACUGCAGUUUCUCGCGGUCUGCGUGAGCUAAGUAUCCAUUUAUCUUAUGGCGAUGACAAUUUAUUAUUGCCCAGGUUUUUGUAUUCCUGCAACUCACUCGUUACACUGAAACUUUGCGAGGAGUGUAUUCUUGUGGAUGUUCCUCCAACGGUUUGUCUCCCUUCCUUGAAAACUUUGGAACUUGGUAGUGUUACAUACUCAAACGAAGAUUCUCUUCGACUGCUUCUGUCCUGUUGCCCUGCUCUUGAAGAUCUGAGUAUUGACCGAGAAGACUAUGACAAUCUGAGAAAGUUUGUUAUCAUUGUCCCAUCCUUGCAGCGUUUAACUUUAUGUAUAAAUGAAGAUUGUUCUUCUGAUGGGUAUGUGGUAGUUACCCCUUCUUUGAAGUAUUUCAAUGUUGUGGAUGAAAGAAGUCCAAGCCCCUAUUUUAUUGAGCAUAUGCCAGAGCUUGAAAAGGCAGAUAUCACUCUCAUGAGAGAUACUGAGAAUGAUACUGAAAGGCUUCUAUGGUCUGGUUAUGUCAUAUAG